UCAGGUCAAUGUCAAAUUUGCAAACUACCUAAAAACUCAAAAUCCCACACUUAGAAUCGAUCCGUCAUAGCUCUAGUUAACGAAGGCAGGGGUUCUUCCCUCCUCAGUCCUCACUUAUCUUUCUUCCCCAAUUCAGUGUCCCUAUCCUUAAAUUCAGACAACUCAACAAUGGAAAACAAAUAGAAAACAAAAAUUAAGAUAAAUUUGAUGACAUCAAGGAUCAACUUGAAGAUCAUCAGGAAAAAAUUCCGGUUGAGGCAGUCUUUGAGGAGCUAAAAUGUUCCAGGGAGGGUUUAUCAACCCAGGAAGGAAACGAAAGGAUCCAAGUAUUUGGACCCAACAAAUUAGAAGAAAAGAAGGAAAACAAACUCCUCAAGUUUCUUGGGUUUAUGUGGAACCCCUUGUCAUGGGUCAUGGAAGCUGCUGCUGUCAUGGCCAUAGUUCUUGCUAAUGGGGAUGGGAAGCCACCAGAUUGGCCAGAUUUUGUUGGUAUCGUUUGCUUGUUGUUCAUCAACUCUACUAUCUCUUACAUUGAAGAGAACAAUGCAGGAAAUGCAGCUGCUGCACUCAUGGCUAAUCUUGCUCCAAAGUGUAAGCUGCUUAGAGAUGGGAAAUGGAGUGAGUCAGACGCUGCAUUGUUGGUACCAGGAGACAUUAUCAGCAUCAAAUUGGGUGACAUUGUCCCUGCUGAUGCACGUCUUCUUGAAGGUGACCCUUUAAAGGUUGAUCAGUCUGCCCUAACAGGAGAAACAUUUCCUGCUACCAAGAAUCCUGGAGAUGAAGUUUUCUCCGGAUCAACAUGUAAACAAGGUGAGCUUGAAGCUGUUGUGAUUGCCACUGGUGUCCACACCUUCUUUGGGAAGGCAGCCCACCUUGUCGACAGCACCAACCAUGUUGGUCAUUUCCAGAAGGUUCUUACCUCCAUUGGAAACUUCUGUAUCAUCACAAUUGCUCUGGGUAUGGCAAUUGAGAUCAUCGUGAUGUACCCAAUCCAGCGCCGUAAAUACAGGCAUGGAAUCCACAAUCUGUUGGUUCUCUUGAUCGGAGGUAUCCCAAUUGCCAUGCCUACAGUAUUGUCUGUGACUAUGGCUAUUGGGUCCCACAGGUUGUCACAACAAGGAGCUAUUACAAAGAGAAUGACUGCCAUUGAGGAAAUGGCUGGUAUGGAUGUCCUCUGCAGUGAUAAAACUGGUACCUUGACUCUUAACAAGUUGAGUGUUGACAAGAACUUGAUUGAGGUAUUUUGCAAGGAUGUUGACAAGGAGCAUGUCCUCCUCCUUGCUGCAAGGGCCUCACGUGUUGAGAACCAAGAUGCUAUUGAUACUUGUAUGGUUGGAAUGCUUGCUGACCCCAAGGAGGCUAGAGCUGGAAUUACCGAAGUACACUUUCUUCCGUUCAAUCCUGUGGAAAAAAGGACUGCUCUGACUUACAUAGAUAGUAAAGGAAACUGGCACAGAGCUAGUAAAGGGGCACCCGAGCAGAUUCUUGACUUGUGCAAUUGCAACGCUGCCAUCAGAAAGAGGGUUCAUGAUGCGAUUGUGAAGUUUGCUGAACGCGGUCUCCGUUCAUUGGGUGUUGCAAGACAGGAAGUGCCCGAAAAAAGCAAGGAAUCUUCAGGUACACCGUGGGAAUUUGUUGGUUUGUUGCCACUUUUUGAUCCUCCAAGGCACGACAGUGCUGAAACCAUUCGCAAAGCCCUCAUCCUUGGUGUCAAUGUUAAGAUGAUUACUGGUGAUCAACUUGCCAUCGGUAAGGAAACGGGUAGAAGGCUUGGUAUGGGAACAAACAUGUACCCAUCUUCGGUUUUGCUUGGCCAAGAUACAGGUGGCCUUCCUAUCGAUGAGUUGAUUGAGAAAGCUGACGGUUUUGCUGGAGUUUUCCCAGAGCAUAAAUAUGAAAUUGUUAAGAAGUUGCAAGAGAAGAAGCACAUUGUUGGAAUGACAGGAGAUGGUGUCAACGAUGCCCCUGCAUUGAAGAAGGCCGAUAUCGGUAUUGCAGUUGAUGAUGCAACUGAUGCUGCAAGAAGUGCUUCUGACAUUGUUCUCACUGAACCUGGUCUUAGUGUUAUCAUCAGUGCUGUGCUUACCAGUAGGGCUAUUUUCCAGAGGAUGAAAAAUUACACCAUCUAUGCUGUCUCCAUCACAAUCCGUAUUGUGCUUGGCUUUAUGCUUAUCGCUUUGAUCUGGAAAUUCGACUUCUCACCCUUCAUGGUUUUGAUUAUUGCCGUCUUGAAUGAUGGAACAAUCAUGACUAUCUCAAAGGACCGAGUCAAGCCAUCUCCGCUGCCUGACAGCUGGAAACUCAAUGAAAUCUUCGCCACUGGAGUUGUUCUUGGAAGUUACCAAGCCUUGAUGACUGUCAUUUUCUUCUGGUUAAUGAAGGACACCGACUUCUUUACUGAAAAAUUUGGAGUAAGGUCCAUUAGAGAUAGUCGUGAGGAAAUGAUGGCUGCUCUAUAUCUCCAAGUGAGUAUUGUAAGUCAAGCCCUCAUUUUCGUGACCCGGUCUCGCAGCUGGUCCUUUGUUGAACGUCCUGGUGUGAUGUUGAUGGUAGCUUUCUGGAUUGCUCAACUGGUGGCAACUCUAAUUGCAGUAUAUUUUGCCUGGGAUUUUGCUGAGAUCAAAGGAUGUGGAUGGGGAUGGGCAGGUGUAGUUUGGAUCUAUAACCUAGUCUUCUAUUUCCCACUCGACGUACUCAAGUUUGCCAUCCGCUACUUCUUGAGUGGAAAGGCAUGGACUAACAUGUUCCAGAGCAAGACUGCAUUCUCCACGAAGAAAGAUUUUGGUAAAGAAGAGAGGGAGGCUCAUUGGGCCUCAGAUCAGAGGACACUACACGGGCUUCAAGCAGCCGGGACUUCUUCUUCUCCACACUUCGCUGACAACAAGAGCUACAGAGAACUAUCCGAGAUUGCUGAGCAAGCCAAAAGGCGUGCUGAAGUUGCAAGGCUUCGUGAGUUGCAUACGCUCAAAGGACACGUUGAGUCAGUGGCAAAGCUCAAGGGUCUUGACCUUGAAAGCAGCACCAGCGGCCACUACACCGUCUGAGAAACUUGGGUGAGCGAGAGAGCAAGAUCGAGAUGAAGGCCUCCGUAAGGGGGUUUGUACUUGUAGUUGAUGACGAAGACGUUUGCUAAUUGCGAGAUGACUAAGGGCAGGGUCUAAAGUGAAAAAAGGCCCCAAGUAGUGCAGAAGUGUGUGCAUGAAAGUUCAUGGAAACAUUUAUUUUUUUUAUGACGUAAAAAAUGUCUCCUAAAACAGCCCUAAUUUUUUCAUUGUUAUAACAAAUUUGAUUUGAUGAUACUCUUGGAGUUUCAACUAUUUAAAUAAUUUUAUUUUGACAUUUUUUCAAUAAUUUGUGCCAGGAUAAUACUAAUAUACGAAGUAUAUUUUUUUGAUGAAAGCGAGGUUAAUACUACUCCCGUAUUCCGUAA